AUGACCGGAGCAAGGGCCGGCUCGGAGCCGAUCCCAGCAAGUGGAGAAUUUGUCGACCCCACCCCAGCGGCUCCAGCUCCGGCGAGCGCCCCAGCCACGGAACGCGAUCACAACGAGGAGUCGCAGAGGCCACACGAGAAUGGAGAAGCCGCGGAGAUUCCUUCAAAAACUCAAUUUGUGCAGGUUGAUGGUUCCGUCGGUGGGACCGGAUACGACGAGACCUCGGUAGACGUCAUAACCGUGCCAUGUCCUGGCGCUGAUCCACUAGAAACCUGGUCCCGCGAUGCUUUGGUGGAGAAUUAUUUUGGUGCCCCCUCGAUGAGGAGUUCUCAGCGUAACUCCGAUAUGCGCGAUAGCCAGAGGACCACUCCACAUCGCGGAUCUAACUAUCUGAGUAUGCCGGACAUCUCAUCCAGCAUCCAGAGCCUCCUUCACUUAUCACAGCCUCUUCCCAGAUCCAUAACCAAUGAACUCCGCGUUGGUCACACUUUGCUUCUCCAUAUUGAUGAGGAAUUUCGCGUCUUGGCGAGUGACCUUCAGGUGUGGACAUUUUACGAGACGAUCGAGUCUCGAAUCUCUGGCCAGGCCGAGUCUCGUCCCGGCGAAGUCUACUUUACCACUUCCAUCACCUCUGUCAAGUCCGCCAUCCUCGGAAUACGCCAGGAGACUAUUUACCCGCUGCAGAGCGAUCAUGCCAACUGUGCGUCGUUUGGCAAAAACAAUGCCCAAACGAUGAAGCUGUUCCUUAAGGCCCUGGCAAAAUGCAUCACAAGCGCGGACGAAAAUAGCGGGGGCAAAAAUCACACGCCUAUGAAUCUAGAGCAAAAGGUCCCUAUUGAGGUGCAUGGCUUCUACGAGGAUCCCGUUGCCGUCACCAACAUAGAGACGCUGACGACGAUCCGGGCCUGGUCCACCAGGGUAGCGCUCAAAGACUUUUUCGACAAGGGUCCGGUGGAGUGUAUAAAUGACCGUCUUAAUGAAGUGAAUGACGGCCCUACCGACGAGCAGUACAUGGCAGCGCGUCGACGCACCACCAGACUGCAGGAAAGGGAUUUGCCCUCUCCUCCCGCUCUCGAGCUUGGCGAGAAUUUGCUUGGGAUCGGUGAAACCCUCCAUGAUGGGCGAAGUGCAAACUCGGAGACUGCACUACUAUCUAAGCCAUCCCCCAUGUCCGAAACUAGUCCUAUAGGCAGCCCGAAUCUUGCUGCGGCGAAUGGUGAUGAACGUGGCAGGUCAGAGCAGAUCCCCGAACCCGAGGCGGUACGAAGCCGGUCAACUAGUGGAACGCGCACUUCGCGCGCAAAAGGGGUCGAUAUCGAGUCCCCUAGGUCUAGGAGGAGGGUGGCGCUCACACGGAGGUUUACAGACCAGUUUAAUGCCAAGUGGACCGGGCCGCUGGAGAGGACCUUCUUCCAAGGGUCCCCAUUUGGCCCUAGCCCUUUGAUUCCGGCCACCGAUCCUCUGAUUCCCGUCUUUGCAAAGCCGGACGAGAAGAACAGACGGUUCAUCUGGACACACUUGCCGUUCACUAACCCGGCGUGGGUAAAGAAAGUGUUUGAGACCCUGCAGGUUAAGGAAGGAAAGGACUUUACGGAGUUGUUUAAUCACGGCCAAUGGUACUCGAAGCAUACCCGAGGACGGCAUUCUCAGCACUACGCUUUCUUUGUUCGACCAGCCUGCAAUCUGAUUCCACCAGCCCCAAGUUACGACCCGCCUGUCAACUGUAGACGGACACUAGAUCAGUAUGGAUACCCUUCGCUCCAUGACACUCGGCCACGGGACGACGACCAAAUGCUUUACAAAAUGACCAAGGAACGCAUAUCGCUCUCGGAGCUUGUGGGGCCAGACACGUAUGAGAAUCCGAAUGAAGUCAAGGACUCUAAGUCAACACGGGGAUCGCGAAGGGAAACAAGCUCCCUUCAUGCUACUACAUUGGAGGACGAUUGUGAGAGCAGUGACGAGGAGCUGUCCGCAGAGGUGGAGGCAGAUGUGCUGAACGGAAACGUGCUUAUGGUGGACCAGCUGUGGAUGUGGGUUAUAGGACCAAACUCCCUCGUAACAUUCUUUUCUCGGCGCGAAAGCGACCCUGCGGAGGGCCCACUUUAUCAACAGGCAGAUCUCCGUGAUAGCAUCUUCAACGAUGUGAACUCGGACGUCACCCGGCAGUGUGAGUCCGCUCUCGAUAUGGCUGCGCUUAUUGCCCUCCACGCUGUAACCGUGCUCCUUGACCGGGCCUCUCACCCCGAUCUUGAAGUGUUUCGAAUCUUUGAGGAGGCGAUCAGUAUAUUGACGGAAAAGAUGACAUCAUCCUUGAAGGACUUUAGGACACAGGGUCUCCGCGAUAAGUCUCUUGAUGAAGAGCCAGUUGAGAACAAACCGCGCUCGAUACGCGCCCGACAUCAAGAAGAGGGCGAGCGCGUUUUGCACGAGAACAGAGACUCUACAUCGGCACUCUUGGAGCUUCGCGAUAUUGAAGACGAGUUGUCCACCUUGUACUCCCUCUUCGACAAGCAAGAGAAGAUGAUUGGGGCGAUGCGGAACGUUUACCGCCGUAUCGACGCCCCCGCGACGGGCGUGUCAUUCUUGACCGAGGCUCUCGGCAGGCUCUCCGAGUACAAGCAGCGGACGGCGGAGAUGAUCAAACGGGUGCGGGCUACACGCGAUGAUUACGAUAAGCUCCUGCAAAUGGUGCAGCGGCAGGCUCAGGUCGACGAGGUCCGGCUCCAACGCCUACAGACAGAUGUGGCCAGCGCGCAGAGCCGCAGCGUCAUGAUCUUCACCGUCUUCACCGUCAUCUUCCUCCCGCUCAGCUUCUUCACCUCGCUCUUUGGCAUGAAUACACAAGAAUGGGGCGGCGAGAACUUCCCCAGCCUAUCGACGAUUGGGUUCAUCGCCAUCCCUUCGUCCGCAUUCCUCAUCGCCUUUGCUCUUGUGACGGCCUGGAGCACGCGCAUGCGGCGCUUCUUCGUUUUUGUCGGCGAAUGUGGCGCUGUUGUCCGGGCUCGCGUGGUCGAGGUGCUCGACACGAGCCUCUUGCUGGCGCCCUUCCGCCGCUGGGAGGAUGCGCGCCGCAAGGCGAUGCGGGAGGAGGCGGCCCGUAAGAAGAAGAAGGCGGCCGCAGCGAUCAAGGAGCGGCGCAGGCUAGCCAAGGAGCUUAGCGCGGACUCGCAAGACUUUUGGGAAAGGCACCGGCUAGAGAGGGAGCACGCGUACAGGAUUCCCGUAGCGAACCGUAAAAGCGUGACCAAGGAGAGGGCGCUGGCCAGGGCCAAGGCGGAGAGGAAGGGGAGGGUCAAGAAGGAGGAGUAG